AUGGCAGUGUCGUCGGAUAAUAUGGACGUCAUGAAACUUGCCUUGAACCAUAUCGUGUCCCGCCUGACUUCAGAAGACGAGAUGGAAGUCGUGGUUGCAAUGCAAGCCCUCACCAACCUGUCAAUCAAUAUUCGAAAAGAACAAAUCCCAAAAUUUGUCCCCGUGAUCCCCCAUUGCUUGAACCGGCUAUGGAUUCGUGGAGAAGUGAACCUGAAUGCCCUUCGACUACUCGUAAACCUCUCAUGCUGUCCGGAUAUGGUUCCGUAUCUUCUUGGAAACAAAUCAGUUUCUGGUCUUCUAAGGAUUCUGGAUACUGACAGAGAAGAAGUUUUGAUUAGGGCAGUGACAUGGAUUCUGUGUACGACAUCGGCAGUGGAUGCAUUGAAUUUGACCUAUGAUCGAAUAGCGGAACAUAAUUUGGACCCAUUCCACAACCCAUCUCACACUUUAUUCUUCUCAAUAUACGGACCGAAAGGGAGAGAAGAAUUGGAACUACAAGCAAGACAUCUCACUAAUCAUUCGAAUAAGGAUGUGGCCAGUAAAUCGGUCAGGCUACUGGAAACUCUUGCUAAUGUCCCCCCAUUCCCAAUGGCUGGAAAUCAUCUAAACCGUCUCUAA